AUGGCGUCCAUGGUCGACCAUUCACCACCUGUGCACUCGCCGCCAGGGCCCGAUGCAAAGCGACCCAAAGGCAUCCUCAAGAACCCCAGCACACAGAACAUCCACCCCUCUGCUCCCCCAGCCGCCGCCCCCGCGCGUCCCGACGACCCCCGCCGCCGCGAGCGCUCCCUGUCCAGCAAGGAGAUCACCAUUGAGAACACGCACUUCAACGCCGGCGACCGUCGCUCCUCGUCCGCCGCGCGCCAGGCCGCCGCCGCCCGCCGCCUCUCCGGCCACGCGCGCGCCGACGACGGCACCAGCCAGCGCCUCAAGUGGGACGAGGCGAACCUCUACCUCACCGAGCAGGAGCGCACGGCGACUAUGAAGAUUGACGAGCCCAAGACACCCUAUGCGAAGCACUACGACCCGGCCGAGGACCCGUCGGACGACGAGGAUGGGGACGAGGUGAUGGCGGACGGCCCUGACCCUGGUCGCAAGUCUGCCCGUGCGCCUGCGGAGGAGGACAUCCCCGGCCUGUCGCUCGGCGAGCCCGAGGAGGCCGUCUCGUGGCCGGUCGAGAGGACGCCGUCCGCUGAGAAGAGGGCGCAUGUCGAUGACGAGAGCGUCGACGAUGGACGCCACGACAUGGACGCGCCGGACAUGGCUGGCUGGUCCGAGGAGGAGAAGGCCAAGCACCGCAAGUUUGAGGAGGCCCGGAAGAAGCACUACGAGAUGAAGAAUGUCGCGCAGCUGCUCGGCAGCGGGGAGGGCUUGCCGGACGAGGAUGAGGACGAGGACGAGGAGGAUGCGGUGCCGCCGCCGGUGCCAGCCUUGCCCAAGGGGGCCAACGGGGCCAGGUGA